GAGAGGAAGAUUUGAGGGAUCGUCGUAAUAUUAAUAAAAUCCCUCCAGAAUUAAAUACUCAUUACUGUCUUAUUAAUAGUGAAAAUAGAUGGAAUAGGAUCAUGCGAAAUUGGAAUAAGCAUCAUAAUACAACUGCCACAGUUGAAAUAAUCCUAAUGCUGGGCAAAGAGAAAUCUUUCCGGAAAAAGGCAAUGGAAAAUGUACUAUUUUAUUUUGUUAAAGAUCUCGAAGCAGAUAGUAAUCCAGUAGAGAAUAAUAUUAUCAAUAAAAAGAUCGUUAACCUACAGAAGCAGAAGCCUAAUAGUUAUGGCUAUGCAUUGAUCCAAACAGAUGGGAAGCUUGCAAAAAAAAUUGUUAGACGAACUCCAAACUCAAUUGCAGAGUCAUAG